AUAGAUUCAUGUGAGCUUUGUGCACAUGUAUUGUUUUUUUAUAUCUAAUAUGUGUGUAUGUAAAAAGUGCCAUAUGCUGUAUACAUUUCAGCUCACUAUUUGUCAUUCCCAGUGCUCCAGGGGACUGGCGGGUCAGCAGUGAAGGGGUUAAGUAGCAGGGAUAGCCCUGUUUUGUCUCUGCGGCCUUCUUUGCCAUUGUUGUGGUGGAAUUGAGCUUGGUGCACCUCACUUGGCCUCUAAGUACCGUAGCCUCUAUAGUCCUCUCAUGUCAGCUCUAUUUUAUAGCUUCUGCAGCUGUAUUUCCCUUAUUUUUGCACAUACACACUCAUACAUCUGUACACAUGGUAGCACAACAUACUGCGAAUGUAACCUCUUCCAUGCAUGGCGUCCUUUGAUGUGCAUGUGCAAUUUUUUGUCAACUUAACACAGUUUUUGAAAGUACAUACUCGUGUAAAAAAAAUAUAGGUACUGGAAGAACCUUUCCUGCAUGCAAUGAGACAAUACAUGUUUAUACCCUUUUAAGGUAUAUACCUUUUGAAGGUAUCACCUCACUGACAAGUGAUUGUACCCCUAAAGGGACAAUCACAUACUUGUUUUUGAGACUUUACAUUCAACAUAAGGGUUAUAUUUUAGAACCCGUGGGAGGCAAAUGUAUGUAAAAGUGAAAGCCGCUGCAGACACCAUCCAUGUAUUGCUACCUGAGCUCUGUUAUAUUGUUUUACACUUAUUUUCACUUGAUUUUUUUUUUUUUUUUGGUGACAAUAACGAUGCAAAUAUCAUGAAUAAUUUAGUUUUUCAGGUUUGAGAAACAUACAAUAUCAACUCACCGUGUUGGCGGUGCCGCGUUUGAUUGUUUAUAGCCCACAGUCGCUGCAGACGUAAUUAAAAAAAGAAGAUACACUCUGCAUCUGCCACCAUCCCAGCUCAUCAAACAAGCAUAUAGCAGCAAGCGCGUCUGUGGGUUUAUGAAGAAUUUUGGAAUUAUAAUUAAAAAUGGCACUGUCUGAAUGUGUAAAGCUUUUAUGCCACGUAUCACACAGGCUAUAUUAAAUGUUAUACUAGUAUCGACUAUAAUAAACAUUUCAUCACCAUGACUUGGUGCACUCUCUCAACAUCAUGGCUGUUGGGUUAGGAGUACAAUGGCUUGUCACUGGGUAAACAAUGGACUGCUUUUGUCCGCUUGAAACUUGACAUUUACAGCAUAGGAACGUACCUGGACCUUGUUGGCCCUGCAAAAAAGGUACAAACAGUUACCUUGAAGCCAAUUAAUUAGCCCUAUGGGGUACGUUAGUGCAGAUCGUAUACCUAGAGGGAUGCAAAUGUACGCCUAAUCUGACAGUGUAUUUAUAUAAAUAUCUCUACCUCUGAAGUGCCUCUACUGUGUUUUAGCUUCACACUUUUCCCUAAAUAUGUGAUUCCCACCCUGGGUCUCACUGUACCCCACACAAAUGCUGCUUUUCCCUGUGGUAAAUGAACAAACACGAGGACCUCAGUGUCUCAUAAUAAAUUAAUUAAAGAAAGGCUCACACAAAGCUAUACCAACAAAAAAACAAGAAUGUAGAAUAUAUGACUGCAUGGGGAGAUGAACUGCACUCUCUCUCCCCUUAGCAACAUGUUUUACUGUAUAUUUAUACACUUUAAUAGCAGUUCUUGCAUGCCGGCCCUCAUUCUUCACCCUCUCUGGCAGCAUAUGAUCAAAUUUGCUGUUUUGUGCCCAGUGGCUCAUAGCAGGGACAGUGCUGUGUGAUUUACAUAUUUAACAUGGAGCCCUCUGUUACCGCUUGCUGCUCAUUCAGAUGUGCAGUGGCACAGAGCAAAGACUGGACCUAGGUGGUCCACAGGGAAUAGGGCAGGUCCCGGGAGAAUGGAGUGGGGCCAGACGGCCGCGACAGACAGGUGACCUCGGCCUUGUGAUGUCGUUUACGUUGUCUGGUCGCCACAGUAUCCAUUUGCUUUAAUGAAUGAAGAUGGAAAGUGAGGUUUUAGUUUAUGCAGCCUUUCUCCAUGAAUUUGUUCAGUUUAUGGCAAUUUGCUGAUGAAUAAACACAUUAGAUAAAUCUCUUAAGGCCUGAUAUUAGUGGUGGUAACAUACAAAUAAAAUUGUUUUGGUAGGCAGUGAAAGAAAACAGUCAGAUCACAUAUAGGAAGUCAGCUUGUGGUCACAGCUAGAAUUGAAACGGAUACUGAGUGUUACACCACUAUAACACACUGUUUCCUCUCCUCAGACACACUCACACACAUCCUAUGUUUAAAAAAGGUUGAUUUUGGCAAGCAUCUCUAAAGAUCCACUCAAGUUGUGUAUCUGUAUGAGGAGAAUAGCAGUGAAAUGGGCCUCUCUCACUAUUUGCUUUGUGUUGCGACCAGGUGUUUCCUCUUGUCGGAUCUUGCCCUGUUGUCAUAUGACAGGCCUGGAUGCGAUGAACGCCUCAUGUAGGCAUCAGCAUGGACAGCUGUGAGUCUCCCGUGUUUUCUGGGACAGACGAUGGGCUCAGCUCCUCCCAGCAGCAGCAACUUCCACAGCCCUGGAGCGAUCACUCUAGCCUGCAGGUUCCUUGCACCAACCAGGCCCCUUCCCUGGACCCGCUGUCUUUCUCUGCUCCUUAUUCUUCUCAACCCCCAAACCCUAGUGUUCUUCAUGACGAGCUGAGAGAACUACAGUCCCAGCAUCAACAGCCAAAACAAACAUCAGCCCAGGCCCAUCGUGAAAGCCCUGCCACCAGUCAGCUGCAUUCCAAGAGAGAGGGUCUUGAGGAAGAGGAACAAGACGGCGUGAGCUGUGGAGAAGAGGAAGAAUCGGAGGACUUGGAUGAAAUGGAGAUAGACAGCUGUUUCCCCAGUCUUCAACCAUUUUCCGGGGUAGCGAUGGCUCCAGCAGGAGGGGGCAUGCCCACCCUUCUGCGUCAUCAGCCCACACAACAGCAGGGCAUGCCUGAAAGUGGAAGUGAGGAAGGAGAGGAGGAGGAGGAAGAGGAAAGUAGUGAUGUAGAGAACUUGGCUGGAGAGAUAGUCUACCAACCAGAUGGCUCAGCCUACAUUGUAGAGAGCCUCAGUCAGCUGAUCCAAAGCAGUGGGGGCAUGGUUCCCGGCCUGCUUCCCACAAACUCUCUCAAUAGUGGGGGAAAACCGGGAGAACCUGCUGGGACAUCAUCCUCAGUCUACCCUCAGAUCAUCAACACGUUCCACAUAGCCUCGUCCUUUGGGAAGUGGUUUGGCAAUUCAGACCAAGGUUUCUCCAAUACCUCAACCAUGGCAGGCCUCAGUCCUGUCCUGCACAGUUUCCGUGUCUUUGAUGUGCGGCACAAAAACAACAAGGAUUACCUAAAUAGUGAUGGGUCUGCCAAGACAUCCUGUGUAUCCAAAGAUGUUCCAAACAAUGUGGAUUUAUCCAAAUUUGAUGGUCUGGCCCUGUACGGAAAGGGUAAGCCAAUUCUCAUGUGUUUUCUCUGCAAGCUGUCCUUCGGUUAUGCGCGUUCCUUUGCUACUCACGCUGUCCAUGACCACCGUAUGACACUAUGUGAGGAUGAACGCCGUCUAUUAGGGGACAAGCAUGCAUCUGCUAUCAUCCAGGGCAUUGGGAAAGACAAAGAGCCCCUCAUCAGCUUCCUGGAACCAAAAAAUAAAAGCAAUCCUGUGCCACCUCCCUUGCUUCCUAUGAACUCCGGCCAGAGCUUUUACGGCACAUUUAGUGGUGUCCAUCUAGAGUCUGGAAGCAGCAGUGGGGUCAGCGAGACCCUCUUCAACAAAGACUCUGACUCUGGCCUCCAGCAGCAACAGCAGCAGCAAACCCCGCUAAGCUCUGUCUUGUCUCUUGGAAGGCUGGGCACUCCCAAAGCAUCCACUCUUUCCUCAACCCCAGGCUCUGCCAAAGACUCCAGUGCCCUGUCAAAACAUGGGGGAAGAACAGAUCAGCCUAAUGGGAAAGAGCUGGCUUGCAAGGGAAAAGACGGGACCACUGAGGGCCAUGGGAGUACGACACACCUAUCUAGCCAGAUGAGGGGUUCAGAAGAACAGCAACCGUUAUUAGGGGAAGACAAUGAGGUGGAGGCAGAAGGCACAGUCGUGACCAGUGGUGUUAACAGUAGCAGUGGUGGAGGUGAAGCAGGGGAACCAGCUGUCUCAAACCAAAGCAUUUCCAAAUCUCCUUUAUUAAUGCCUAGUAGCACUCUCCAGCCUUCUGCCUGCACCCCUGCAGUCAGUUACACACUAAACAGCAAAUCCCCUGCUUCCACUUCCUGCUCUGUCAAGGAGGAGGUUUCAGCUACAGAUGGUGAGGGGAGAUCCUCAGAACUCCCUCCGAGCUUUAACUGCCAGGGACCUAUGGUUCCCAUGGCAAUGGCAGCAGCCAAUGUCAGAAAGAGUGAGGAUGACACUGUUGGCACUUCCUCCUCACCUCUGUCCUCCAAUGCUGCUGCUGAUGAAAGUGCCAAUCGAGAUAGUGCCACAGCUCCAGAACCAAAUGAUUGCCCAGCUGAGGAAGAGGAGGAAAAUGGAUCCCUUCUGCAGCAACACCACAUGCACCACCACCAUCAUCACUUGCAUCCAUCAUCUCAUAGCCACACUCACCCACAACCCGGAGGUUCCUGUGACAUAACAGGGGUGAAUGACUGUUCGCAGAACCACGGACCCAGUGGCAGUGUAGGAAGUGGAGUCGAGUGCCCUAAAUGUGACACCGUUCUAGGUUCCUCCCGCUCCUUGGGUGGUCACAUGACCAUGAUGCAUUCGCGUAACUCAUGCAAGACACUCAAGUGUCCCAAAUGCAACUGGCAUUACAAAUAUCAGCAGACCCUGGAGGCCCACAUGAAAGAAAAGCACCCAGAUUCAGGAGGCUCUUGUAUGUACUGCAGUAGUGGUCAAAGCCACCCUCGUCUGGCUCGUGGAGAAAGCUAUACGUGUGGAUACAAACCUUUCCGAUGUGAGGUGUGUAACUACUCGACCACCACGAAGGGUAACCUAAGCAUCCACAUGCAGUCGGAUAAACACCUGAACAACAUGCAGACGUUACAGAAUGGAGGCUCUAUUGGAGCUGCGCAGGAGCAGGUGUUUGGACAUGGCCCAGGAGGCGUGGUGGCCGUGCCCACAGUGACCCAGGCCAGUAGCCAUCACCCUGCCCACCACCACCCCACACAGUCCUCUGCCCAUGUAACUGGACCGUGUGGGGCUCCCUCACCGACCAAGCCAAAGAGCAAACCCACUUGGCGCUGUGAGGUAUGCGACUACGAAACCAACGUGGCACGGAACCUCCGUAUCCACAUGACCAGCGAGAAGCACAUGCACAACAUGAUGCUCCUCCAGCAGAACGUGACUCAGAUGCAGCAUGGCCGACUAGCGCUGGGAGCAAUGCCCUCGCCCUCUGAGGCUGAGCUCUACCAGUAUUACCUGACACAGAAUAUGAGCCUACCACCUGGUCUCAAGCUGGACCCGACAGGAGCCGAGGCCCAGUUCUUGAUGGGGGGCUUUUCUUUAGAUCCCAGCAUGGCUGCCUUGGCCCCUGCACUAGUAGGUGGAGAGAUUCCUAUGGACAUGCGGCUUGGCAGUGGGCAGUUGGUGUCUGAAGAGCUGAUGACGCUGGGAGAAAGUCUAUCACAAACCAGCGACCCCUCUCUGAAACUCUUUCAGUGCGCCGUGUGCAACCGCUUCACCACUGACAAUUUGGAUGUGUUGGGCCUCCACAUGGGUGCGGAGCGCAGCCUACCUGAAGAGGAGUGGCGCGCCGUGUUGGGCGACUCUCACCAGUGCAAGUUGUGCCACUAUACCACUCAGCUCAAGGCCAAUUUCCAGCUGCAUUGCAAAACGGACAAGCAUGUUCAAAAGUACCAGCUUGUGGCCCAUAUCAAGGAAGGAGGCAAAGGCAAUGAAUGGCGAUUGAAAUGCGUGGCCAUCGGCAAUCCAGUGCACUUGAAGUGCAACGCUUGUGACUACUACACUAACAGCCUGGAGAAGCUGAGGAUGCACACGGUCAAUUCCCGACAUGAGGCCAGCCUCAAACUGUACAAGCACCUGCAGCAGCACGAAAACGCGGUGGAUGGUGAUGCCUGCUACUACCACUGCGUGCUGUGCAACUACUCCACCAAGGCCAAGCUCAACCUGAUCCAGCAUGUGCGUUCCAUGAAGCACCAGCGCAGCGAGAGCCUCAGGAAGCUGCAGCGCUUACAGAAGGGCCUGCCGGAGGACGAUGAAGACCUUAGCUCCAUCUUCACCAUCCGCAAAUGCCCCUCGUCAGAUACAGGAGAGCUGAGUGAGGAUGUGGAGGCUGCUAGUGAGACCACCACAGACCAGGAGGACCAAACCAAAGACAGAGAAAGUGGGGGGGAGAAGGAGCUCACCAAAGGGACAGCAGUGUCCAUCCACUCGGAACAACGUCAGUCAGAUUCCCCGAUUCCAAGCAAAAGGCCCUCGUCACGGUCGGAGACCUCUGAGAGCCCGCUCUCCUCAAAGCGUCCCCGGACUGCUGAAAAGCAAGCUGCAGAGCAGAUGUACCAGUGCCCUUACUGCAAGUUCACCAACACAGACCUGAAUCGUCUCAGAAUGCACGUGAUGACGCAGCACUCUGUCCAGCCCAUGUUACGCUGCCCGCUGUGUCAGGACAUGCUCAACAACAAGGUCCACCUGCAGUUCCACCUCACGCACCUGCACAGUGUCGCACCCGACUGUGUUGAUAAGCUCAUUGCCACGGUGACUGCAACUGAUGUUCUCCCAGCAAGCAUGUUCAUACCUGUGCCUGGUCCAGAGAGAGAGAUCCAGAACCCUUCACAUGCUGUUGCUAACUCUGAAGAUACAAAGAAACAAGGUGAUUCAUCAGAUGCUGAUCUUGAGAAGGGUGUUUCACUCCCAACAGAAAUAGCUGAAGCUCGCAAGUCCCCUCUAGAAGAUCAACAAACAGAGAAGGAUGAUGCAACUGGAUUCCUGUGCUGGAAGAAAGGCUGUAAUCAAGUGUUCAAGUCAUCCAACUCUCUCCAGAUGCACUUCAACGAAGUUCACAACAAAAGGCCCCAGCUGCCUGUUUCAGAUCGCCAUGUCUACAAGUAUCGAUGUAACCAAUGCAGCUUGGCCUUCAAGACUGUGGAGAAGCUACAGCUCCAUUCCCAGUACCAUGUGAUCCGAGCAGCCACCAUGUGCUGCCUCUGCCAGCGGAGCUUCAGGACACUACAAGCAUUGAAGAAACAUUUAGAAACAAGCCACCUGGAGCUGAGUGAAGCUGAUAUCCAGCAGCUAUAUGGUGGCUUAUUGAUGAAUGGAGACAUUAUGGUCAUGAGUGACGUAGCUCUUCCUGAUGAGCAUGGAGGUCUGGGAGAGGAUGACAAAGACAGAGAUGAGAGUGACUCAGAGGAAAAGGAAAGCCCAACAGGCAGUGACUCUGGGUCACUACUGGAAGAUUCUGGAUCUGAACCAAAACGUGCUUUGCCAUUCAGAAAGGGCCCCAACUUUACAAUGGAGAAGUUCUUGGAUCCAUCUCGUCCUUUUAAGUGCACCGUCUGCAAAGAGUCUUUCACACAGAAGAACAUUCUUCUGGUUCACUACAACUCUGUCUCUCACCUGCACAAGGUGAAGAGAGCUCUUCAGGAAUCUACCACUGGUCAACCAGAGCCUACAAACAGCCCUGACAGCAAGCCAUUUAAGUGUAGCACUUGUAAUGUGGCAUAUAGCCAGAGUUCUACUUUGGAAAUCCACAUGCGCUCUGUGCUACACCAAACAAAAGCCAGGGCAGCCAAACUCGAAGCUGCAGGAGGGAUACCAAGCUCUGCAAGUGCUACUGGUGCAAGUGGUGGAAGCACUGUCAUUAGCACCUCAACAAGUCCAAGCCCAGCAAGCAAUUCAACAACAAACCCUACCAACCACAAUUCUUCUGGGUCUCAAACAGCUCAGAGUUUUCUUGGAGGAAACCACACAUCCCAGAGUCAUUGCAAUGAGACUAGCAGCUCAGUCAACAGCCGUUCCUCGCCAUCGGAGAACAGUGAGGCAAAAAAGGCUAAAUAUACGGACAUGCUGUCUGCAAGGGGACAACAACAGCUUCAGCAACAACAAUUAGCUCAAGCGCAAGCCCAAGCCCAAGCCCAACUUCAACAAGAGCUCCAGCAGCAGGCUGCUCUUCUGCAAUCCCAGCUCUUUAACCCAGCACUUCUGCAGCACUUCCCCAUGACAACCGAUGCACUUCUCCCCUUGCAACAGCAGCAGUUGCUGUUUCCUUUCUAUAUCCCUGGAGCAGAAUUUCAGUUAAACCCAGAGAUCAACAUCAGUAAUUCAGCACUUGGAUUAACAGGAUCAACCACCUCACUGCUAGAAGACCUCAAAAACUCAGCCCAGCAGAGCUGCUUACAGCAGCAACUGAUGCAUCACCACCUUCAACAGCAGCAGCAGCCUCACUCACAGGUUCAGGGGCAGAUGGCACUGCUGCAGCAGAGUGCUUCUCUCCACCAGCAGGUUGAAAAAAAGCAGAAGCCCGCUUCCUCCCAAGCUGACAAAGACAAAGAUACCCAAAGAGAAAAAGACAUGACCGAAAAAAAUGAGGACGCCAACAAAGAUUCAGUGGACAAACUAAAAGACAAGAAGGAACUUCAACAUAUUUCAACCAAUAUAAACCAUGACUCCGGCUUACUUCCACCAAGGAUUGCAUCAGAUGCCCGUGGAAAUGCAACCAAAGCCCUGCUAGAAAAUUUUGGGUUUGAGUUAGUGAUUCAGUAUAAUGAAAAUAAACAAAAAGCUCAGAAAAAGGGAACUGGGCCUACAGGAUCAAGUGGACCAGGUGGGAUCACAAGAGUGGUGGAUCCCAUUGAGGGAUUAGAGAAACUGGAAUGUGAAGCCUGUGGCAAGCUGUUUUCCAAUAUACUGAUUCUAAAGAGCCACCAGGAGCAUAUCCACCAGGCUUUCUUUCCAUUCCGAUCCCUUGAGCGAUUCGCCAAGGAAUACAGAGAGAAUUAUGAUAAACUAUAUCCACUGAGACCCUCUACACCAGAGGCUGCUCCAGCUCCCCCACCUCCUCCCCCUCCUCCUCCGCCCCAAAGAGCUCCCACACCAAAUAUUCCUGUCUCUGCGGCCUCACUCACACCUCCAACUGUACCUACUCCACAGCCUCCAGUUCCAAUGCCUCAAAUUCCUAUGCCAAUGGAUUUGCCUAUCUUCUCACCACUAAUGAUGCAGCCCAUGUCUCUCCAGUCCUUGCCCACUCAGAUGCCCCCUCAGCUACCAUCUGUUGAACCUUCUCUGGCCUCCGACUUGGCCCAGCUAUACCAACAACAGCUCACUCCAGCCAUGCUACAGCAGCAACAGAACAAGAGGCCACGGACACGUAUCACAGAUGACCAACUUCGGGUUCUGAGACAGUACUUUGAUAUUAAUAAUUCACCCAAUGAAGAACAGAUUAAAGAGAUGGCAGAUAAAUCAGGACUGCAGCAAAAAGUCAUAAAGCACUGGUUCAGAAACACCCUUUUCAAAGAGAGACAGCGCAACAAAGACUCACCAUACAACUUCAACAAUCCACCAACCACAACACUUGAAGAGACUAAAGUUGACUCUAAACCUCCUUCUCCUGAACCACAGAAGCACGAUUUUUAUGGAAGUAAACGGUCUUCGAGAACUAGGUUUACUGACUACCAGCUGAGAAUCUUACAAGAUUUCUUUGAUGCCAAUGCGUAUCCUAAAGAUGAUGAGUUUGAACAGCUUUCCAAUCUUCUGAGCCUCCCUACUCGUGUCAUUGUCGUUUGGUUCCAAAAUGCUCGCCAGAAGGCAAGGAAAAAUUAUGAAAACCAGAGUGACGGAGGGAAAGAUGGCGAGAGACGAGAACUCUCAAACGACCGGUAUAUUCGCACCUCAAACCUGAAUUACCAGUGCAAAAAAUGCAGCUUGGUAUUCCAGAGAAUAUUUGAUCUCAUAAAACACCAAAAGAAGCUGUGCUACAAAGAUGAGGAUGAAGAUGGACAGUAUGACAGCCACAAUGAGGAUUCCAUGGAUCUUUCUAAUGAAUGUUAUACUCCCUCUGGUUCUUCCUGCCACACCCCGAUGCCCUCCUCUUCAAGUCUCUGCCCACUGCCACCCUCCACUUCAGCAUUCUCACACCUCUCUUCAGCUGAUAAGGAUGAGGCUUCACCAGCACCCACCUCAAACCUCCGUGAGGAAAAGUCAAAGGAGCUAACAGACAUUUCUGCUGAUCCCCAAGAAAAUAAAACAUCUAUCAAGCAGGAAAAUGUUCCUCCAGCCCAUUCUGAAUCGCAGCAGCAGAGAAAUCAGAGAGAAGAGAAGAUGCAGCCUCUUUCAAAGCCAAACAAACAUUCAUCUCCUUCCUUCACUCAACAACAACAACAAAGUGGACCAUCAGCGUCGCAGACAAGCCAGGCUUCCUCUCAGAGCUCCCACAUGAGCCACAAUCCACACAUGAGCUCUGCUACACAACAAAUGGCCCAGCAGAUGAUCCCAUACCAGUGUGAUCAGUGCAAGAUUGGCUUCCCUUCUUUUGAGCACUGGCAGGAGCACCAGCAAUUACACUUCCUUUCUGUGCAGAAUCAGUUCAUUCACCCACAAUUUCUUGACCGCCCAAUGGACAUGCCAUUCAUGCUAUUUGACCCAAGCAAUCCUCUGCUGGCAAGUCAGUUACUCACUGGGGCAAUGCCCCAGAUUCCCAGCAGCUCCGCCACCUCUCCAUCCACACCCACCUCCACCAUGAAUUCCCUAAAGAGGAAGCUAGAGGAAAAAGCUGGCACCAGUCCAGGAGAGAAUGACAGCACAAACAGUGAAGAGCCACAGAGAGACAAGCGGCUUAGAACCACCAUCACACCUGAACAGCUAGAGAUUCUCUAUCAAAAGUAUCUAUUAGAUUCUAACCCUACACGCAAGAUGCUUGACCACAUUGCUCAUGAGGUGGGGUUGAAGAAAAGAGUAGUGCAAGUCUGGUUUCAAAAUACCAGAGCCAGAGAGAGAAAAGGCCAGUUUAGAGCAGUGGGGCCAGCUCAAGCUCAUCGAAGAUGCCCUUUUUGUCGAGCUCUUUUUAAAGCAAAAACUGCUCUUGAGGCACACAUUCGCUCUCGCCACUGGCACGAGGCCAAACGGGCUGGAUAUAAUUUGGCCCUGACUGGUAUGCUACCUGAUCAGGAGAGCAUGCAAAUGAAGUUGGAUGCCUUGGAAUCAAGCUAUUCCCAAAUGGCGUCGUCAAAUAUGGAUGGACAAAGCUCUUCUAUGUCUCCUGUGAAUAGAGGAAUGGAUUUGUCUCCCAGAGCUCUACUGAGUCCUUCAUCCAUUAAAGUUGAGGGAAUGGAAGAGUUUGAGAAUACAGCCAUGUCUUCUGUGAACCUCAGCUUUGAUCAAAACAAGCUGGAUAAUGACGACUGUUCGUCUGUUAAUACAGCCAUCACAGAUACAACAACAGGUGAUGAGGCUAAUGCUGAUAAUGACAGUGCUGAUGCAAAACACAGUCAAAGUAGCAGUGAUUACCUGUCAAAGCCCGGGUGCACUGCCCCCAUCCUUGAAAAUGAUGACCAGAUGUCCUCAGGGCUAGUAAGCCCUGCAAUGAGCUACUAUGCUAAGGACUAUGAAAAUGAACAUAUUAUUGACCACAGCGAGACAUCCAGCCUGGCUGAUCCUUGCUCGCCGAGUCCCGGAGCUUCAGGUAGCAGGAGCAUUGACAGCGGAGAUCGUCCUGGCCAAAAACGCUUCCGAACCCAGAUGACCAACCUCCAGCUUAAAGUACUGAAGUCCUGUUUUAAUGACUACAGGACCCCCACCAUGCUGGAAUGCGAGGUACUUGGCAAUGAUAUUGGACUUCCAAAGAGAGUGGUUCAGGUGUGGUUUCAAAAUGCCCGUGCCAAGGAGAAAAAGGCGAAACUCAACAUGGCCAAGCACUUUGGAAUUAAUCAGACAUCCUACGAGGGGCCGAAGACUGAAUGCACUUUGUGUGGUGUCAAGUACAGUGCCCGCCUCUCUGUCCGCGAUCACAUAUUCUCCCAGCAGCACAUCUCCAAAGUAAAGGAUACCAUUGGCAGCCAGAUCGAUAAGGAAAAAGAGUACUUCGACCCAGCUACUGUCCGUCAACUUAUGGCUCAGCAAGAAAUGGACCGAAUUAAGAAGGCCAAUGAAGUGUUAGGAUUGGCGCAGCAGCAGGCCAUGCAGCAGCAGGGGAUGUUUGAUAACCCAGCAAUGCAGGCGCUGAAUCUCCAGUCAGCCUAUUCCAAUCUGCAGGGCAUUCCACCUGUCCUCUUGCCCGGGGUUGGAAGCCCCUCUCUUUCCAGCUUUAACUCCUCUAAUUCAGCUUUAACUCCUCCAAAAUCUUCAAACCUGCUGAACAUGCCUGGUGCCGGUGUUCCCUCUCCAAGCCUUCCCACAUCAGGAUUGCCCAACAAGCCACCCUCAUCAUCAUCCCUGUCCACAUCGAGCCCAGCACAGACCAACACUUCUGUUUCCACCUCAAGCCCCACUUCCACAUCCAACUCUGCUUCUUCAACCAGCCAGUCCAUCUCCCGUCCCGAACACCCCAAAGAGCGUGAAGGUGAGAGGUUGAGAGACAAGGACAAGCCUAAGGAUAAGGCAGAGAAGCCCUCAACUCCAUCAUCAACUGGAAGCACCCCUGCCCCUUCUACUUCUGCUGCCAGCGCCAAGAAGGAAAAACCAGAUCCCGCUGUUCCGGCCACCUCUAUGCCAACUCCUGGUAUGGAGUAUGUGGUAGACCCUGCCCAGCUUCAGGCCCUACAGGCUGCCUUGGCUUCAGACCCUACUGCUCUUCUCACCAACCAGUUCUUGCCCUACUUCAUGCCUGGCUUUUCCCCAUACUAUACCCCUCAGAUCCCAGGCGCUCUCCAAGGGGGUUACCUGCAACCAAUGUAUGGUAUGGAAAGUCUUUUCCCCUACAACCCUGCCUUGUCACAAGCACUGAUGGGCCUUUCUCCGGGGUCUCUGCUGCAGCAUUACCAGCAAUAUCAGCAGAGCUUGCAAGAAGCACUACAGCAGCAGCAGCGGCAGCUUCAGCAGAUCCAGCAGCCCAAGGCAAGCCAAAAUCAAGCCCCUUCUAAAUCCUUGGGGGAUCGUAAAGAAUCUGCCAAAGAUCCAGUGAAAACAGAGGAGCAAAAGGGCAACCCUCAUAGUGCAUCCCCAACUACCCCUUCCACCUCCUCCCCUCCUAAUAAAGUACACACUUCGCAGAACGACCUGGAUGGCAAAGCUGCAGACCCCCAUCUGGAACAAUUCAUUGUCCCUAAGGUGCAGUAUAAACUGGCAUGCCGGAAGUGUCAAGCAGUUUUCACCAAGGAAGAAGCGGCUAUUACCCACCUUAAGUCUAACUGUUUUUUUGGUCAGUCUGUGGCAAACCUGCAAGAGAUGUUGCUGCGUGUACCCAGUGGCGUAGGUGCAGGGGCUGGAAGUCUCUAUGACUGCCUGGCUUGUGACACUACGUUGGAUGGGGAAAAAGCACUCAGUCAACACCUGGAAUCAGCUUUGCACAAACACAGAACAAUCAAGCGAUCAGCCAGAAAUGCCAAAGACCACGCUACUAGUUUAUUACCUCACUCUUCAGCCUGCUUCCCCAAUCCUAACACCACAUCUACCUCGCAGUCUGCCACUCAUCCCAUCAGCAGCCCCACUCCACCGCCAACAACAUCAGCCACCAUGCCAUCCUCUGCCGUGUCCGCUUCCCUUUGCUCCUCCUCCUCCUCUUCUUCCUCCAGUACCCAGCUCAACGCCACAGCUGCCGGCAAACCCUGGCCCCAGGCCCCUUUCUCCAGAGCUUUAGUCGGGAAGCCCAAUGCCAGUCCCUCCUCUGCUUCCUCCUUGUUUCCAGUGUCCUCACCCUCAACGGUUACCUCAAGUUCAUUGAGCACCUCAGGAGUUCAGACCUCGAUACCAACAGACGUCUUUACUGACGAGUCUGACUCUGACAGCAGUCAGAAGUCAGCAGACAGGCUGGGCAGGACGGCGGACAAGCCGCAACAACCUGGCUUUGUCAAAGACAGUAGUUCUUGUAGUAGUAAUCUUACUAGUGUAGGAACAGACUCCAUCAGAUUGUAAAAGAGCUUUCGGUGAUGGACAAUGUUUAAAAAAACACAAAAAGGAAAAAAAAACACACAAAUGGAAAAAACAUAAAAAACAGCAAUGUUAAAUACGUUAAAGGUAUACAAACCAAUUUCAGAAAAAGAUGUAAAGACUUACUGCAAUUCCAAAGCUUGUAACCAAAAAUUUUAAUGUUAGUGGAUUGUUUUCCCAUAUCAACAUGCUGGUUUUCAUUUUGUUUCCUUUUGCUCAACUGAAACACAUACAUAUUAAUAUAUGAGAGGAGAAAAGCAGAGAUUGAUGCAGAGGAAUGCUGAUAAAUGGCCCAAGAAAGAAAGAAAGAAAGAAAGAACAAAUCAGAGUCAAGAAGAUGUCCUUUUGUUUCAUAAUAAUUUAUAUUGACUAUCGCACUCACAAAAAGCCAGUAUGUGCUGUAUGGGAGAAUAGUCUGGUCCACGUUCUUGCUAUUUAAGCAUUCAGAUACCAAUGGCUCGCAAAAGUAAAAUAAUAAUGUAUUGUCUAUUUUAUUCUCAGGUCAAUAGAUCACAAAUGUUUUGUUCUGUUACACAAAUCCAUGUUUUACACUUUUUGUUUCUUCAUAUCUUCAUUUGCUUAUUUUAAUUAGAGUGAAAAUUGAUUUGGCGUUUUUCUGGGCAUUAAAACGGCAGUUAAUUGGCUGAGUUGAACUCUUGCAAAAGGAUUAAAUGGAGGAGAAUUGUUGUCCAUUCAUACCAAGACAAAGAGAGCAUUGCAGACGUACGAAUGGGCCAAAAUGAGUUUUGAUGAAUAAGAAAAGAAAAAAAAUCCCACCACCCCUCUGUAUUUAUAAUAGUUCCGAGCAUUUUUGGUGUUACGUAGAUUGUUGCAUUGGAAAUGAAUUCAAGAAGUAUGGUAGGUUUGUGUACAUUUAGCUUUUGUAUUGUCCAACUUUAAGACACUUCAUUUGAUGUUGUCUUGGUCAUUCCGAUAUAUUAGAUGAUGAUUGGCAGGUCAUUGAUCAACGCUGUCUUAUUCUCAACCUUGUUGGGAGAUAUUCACCCGGAUUCCCCUCCCGAUAAGGCAGGAACCUCUUAAAGGGUUAUUUAAAAUGUAUGGGUCAGUUGUUACUGCAUCAGCUGAAAGAAAAAAAAAUGUUAUAGGUGAAAUGUUGAAAAUUUUAUUUUAUUUAAGUUGAUGUUACCUUUGUGCACUUAUUACUGUCUGACUCCUAUUUCCCACUCUACUUGUUCUUCUCUUCGCACUUAUUUUCGUCAGCUGUCCUGUCUUUGUAGAUAUGUACACGAUAAUGCAGGUGUACAGUUUUUAUUUUGUUCCUAUUUGUUGUCAUACAUGAAAAUGAAAAAAAGAAUACUAAUAAUAAUUCUCACGCUUUAAGACAAAAAGAAAAUCCAAAGACUGAACACUUUCACCAUUGGUGCAUAAAGAUGAGAAAAGAGGCUUCUUUAUACUUGAUAAUUUGUUGCUGUUUUUAAAGGAAAGAAAACAAAGUUUUAAAAGAUAAAGGAGUACGUAUCAGAGUUGCCGUUUUUGCUUCCUUGCAAGCAAACAGGUGGCUUUUUUUACGUAAAAACCAAAAACCAAAAAGGGCCCCUGUCCUUGCAUUGUGGAGUAGCACCAUUACAGAGCCAUUGCAGUUUGUAACAUAGAGUUAUGAAUCUUUCUUUGACGUUUGUCACAUUCAAUUGUCCAUUUUUUUUUAAGAUCAUGUAUAAGGUCUUGUCAAGGACAUACGUUUUGCUGCUAAUGUAGAAUUUUGAAAGAAGACGGGAAAAAAAGUACCUAGAUGCAUGCUUAUUUUGCUUUUGGCUAAGCUUUAAUGAAAAACAAACAAUAAACCAAUUUCUUGCCUCUGCAACACCUUUUUUUUGUUUCUUGUUGCAAAAACGGAACUUUGAAGACUGUGAAUAUGUAUGUUCCAAAGGACAUUUUGCUGAUUUUCUUUUUGAACAGACCAAUGUUUUUAAGCCAAUGAUCUAUGACGUUUGUAAAGAACAGUGCAUUCCUAAUACCACAGUGGAGUUUUCUUUCGUAACGAGCAAGGACUGAUCUUUUUGUCAUUUGAAUUCUUUUAACUGUCAAAAUCGAUUUUCACUCCAUUUUUCAUGUGACUGUCAACUGUUUGUGUACAUUUUUACUGAACAAAGUGAUCUCCAAAGGUCCAUUUGUGCAAGCAUGGAACACUCCAUCCAUUUGAGGUUGUUGCUCACUUGUUAAGCAAGUCAUGGUAGUUACCAAAAAGUGUAUAUAAUACAUCUGGUACUGAUGUGUCUCCUAGCUUUUAGUCAUAUGUUUGCCAGUCAACAUACAGCUAGUUUCAGAGGAGAAUAAUAGCUUUUUAACUGCGGUGCGAUUGCUCCCAGCAAUGACUUGUUCCAGGUGUAAGCAGGGUGCCACUUUUACGCAUAGAUUACAGGUCUGGAGGGGCAUCUUCAUUCCAAAGCAUUAUUUCUGGUCGGUUGGAGGUUUUUUUGGAGAUGUCCUUCAAUGUUCAAAUGGUUAGGAGGCUUUCAUGUCCCAAAGAAGUCACCCGCUUCAUCUUAUUGCAAUGCAAAUGGAUGCAUAUAGGUACCCCCCACCCUCUCACUGAUGACAAAAUGUAUAUUUUUUCAACCAAAACCAAGACUUAUUUAAAUUUGUGAAAAACUUCUUUUUUUGACCAAUAUUGUAUAGCCAAUUUAUAUAUAGUAUAUACAAAUAAUACCCCAAUAAUCUUUAAUGCGUUUUGGUGUUGAUACCAUAGCAUGCUGUUAAAAUCAUCACAUUGAGCCUGCAAGCUUGCCACUUCUCUAAAGUUCAAUCCCCUUAAAGUCUGUGUACUUUUUGUUUUUUUUUAAAUUUAAAUUAUACAUUUUUUUCCUCAAAUGCAUUUUAAAGUUUCAUAUAACGUCAGACAUGUAUUUUCAUUUUCUUAUCUAUUGUGUUUUUUGUACUGUAUAUUACUUUAAUCAUAAAUUAACACUAGCUUUAAUUUUAAGAUUUUAAGAAAAGGAAACAAAAUAUGUCCUGGCCACUUUAUAGAGGUUUUUUUUAGAGAUAUAAUUAUUUGUCUUCUUCCCAAAGUGUAAUCAUUUUGGCUUCAUAUGUAUGUGUGUGAGUGUGUGUGCAUGUGUUUAAUAAGAGCCAAUCCAUUCUUUCCCUCGUUUUGUCUUUUGUGUUACACACCAAAACUGAUUGAACCACAAAUCUGAGUAAAUUAGAAAAUCAAACGAUCGGAAGUGACCAUGAUUGCAAAGCACUGAGCAGCUUUUACUUUGAAUGUGGCCAAAGCUUCAUACAGUUAAAAAAGAAAACGUGCCCCCAAACAUUAAGUGUAUAUUUUAUUGAAAUACUGCUGUGGAUUUCCACACUGCUACUUUGGGAUACUUGAUGGACAUUCAAAAGUGACAAGGUUUUGCUGUAGAGGUCAUCUUUGCCCACUGUGAAAAGGAGCGUGUAUCUGUAUACAGAUAAAAGAUAUAUUUAAAACAAGACAUCAUUUUUUUUUGGUUUAUUUCUGAGAUGAAGAAGGACUGAAAAGAAAAAAAAGAGCUUUGGAGCUCUUUAUGAGGAGGACACGAGAGGCUGUGGGCACACCAUAACUGGGCAUGGGAGCCAAGGGCAGGGUCUGAAACAGCUUUAAAUACCACCUCCUUAUUUGAUUAGUGACAACUCCCAAUGGACUCUGGAACCAACGGACAUGUGUGACAGAGAGGACUGAAUCCUGAGUGGCUCCAGCUGCCUCUUUCCUCCUUUCUUUCUCCUGAUCUGCCUCUGCUCCUCUGAAGGACAUUUCCCAAAUUUCAGGACAGGAUGGACAGAGACGCUUGCCUCUUUCCCCUCCUUCAUGUUGCUACCUGUCUCCUUUUCCCUUCGCUUGUUUUUGGGUAACAAGUAAGGUUCUCAUGUCGUGCGGCAGCUCACCCUUCUCUCUGUUGCUAUGAAAUUAAGAGCAGAGGAUGGGGUCGGGUUCUCUAAACUGUCAUUUUUUGCUAGGAAAAAAGAGGCAGUUGUACACUUAAAGAAAAGCGUAUUAACCAAAAUCAACAACCAAACUAACAACCAAACAACCAUUUGCUCCAACUUCAAAGAUGAACUGUUACUUGGAGCGAUCUUUUCCUUUUGUGACUUCUGGUGCCACAAUGUUUUGUUUGUUUUUAAAACCUUUUCGACUUCUUUUUUUUUUUUUUCCUUAAAUGACUCCUCGUUCGAGCCUCAUAAGCAUGGCUCUGUGGCUCCAGGCAGCCCAGCUGGGGGUAGAAAAAACAGCCUUGCAAUGUACAAAAAAGAGCAAGUUAAACCAAAAAUGUUGUUCUUGAUGUCUUUUCUAUACUGUAGUCUUGUUAGCUUUUUUGUUACUGUAAUUAUAUGAUGAAGAUUUCCAGACUGUACCAAAUGACAUGGAAACUAACAUACAAACACAACACACAUGGAACUUCAGACUUUUAAAGAAACUUUUGUCACAAAACCUUGUUGUCCUAGUUAAGUUGAUUGUAGAUGGUAAUUGAAUAUACUCCUUUGAAAUAUUUCAUCAAGUAUGUUUCUUGCUCAUUGUGAUACAUUAAAAUAAGUAUGAGCAUACACCCCUGUGCGUUGUUACUUGUUUAUCUCUGCUCUGUUUGAAUGCACAGAGUCAAAUUUCCAUCUGUCUUUCGAAGUGUCUUUCAAUAUGAAGUCGUCACUCGCCACUUUGCGGUUCGAAUUUUGCAGGUUCACUCUCACAAAUUAAUAAAUCACGCUGUUUUGUGGUUGAGUACGGCGUGUUAUUCAAGACACACAGUAUGUAUACUGAAACCGAUUUGACUUUGAUUUGAUUUCUUGCCCAAAUUAAGCCUUUUCAAGCAUAAAAAUGAGCAAAUGAAUGAAAAUGCAAAUGAAAGGCAUUCAGAAGACGCAUUCAAAGGUGCUGUGAAUGAUAUGUAGUAUUCUACACCAGUCAGUGGGUGCCAGUGAUGUUACUGUAAUGUUCGGUGAGACACACAAACUUGAUCGCCGGGAAAAAAAUUGUUUAUUGCAGGUUUGAAUGAUCUCACAACAGACACAAUAAUCCCUAAUAAAAACACGAGCUACGAUUGCCGCAGUAACCCAAGCUAAACAAGCUAAAAUUCAACUCUAAACUCCUGACGUCGCUUCCUGUCCGGCUUUCUUUCAGAUACCCUAGGGAACACAUUUAUUGUAACACAGACAAGCAGGGUUCCUACGUAUUUGACAUUUCUAAAUACAUACUUUUUCCAGACUCAGUAAAUAGAUGUCGUUAGAGAUGCAACAAUUAAUUGAUGAAUUGAUGAUUAAUUAUUAAUGUUGGUAUUCAAUUAAUUGUUUUUUGAUUUUAAAAUGUAAAUAUCCUCUGAUGUCGGCCUCUAAAAAGAAUUCAAACCUGCAAUAAAAGCCUGUUGUUC